AUGGGCAAGCGGGCGAAGCCCGAACCCAGCGGCGCCAGCCAGCUUGCGGGUCGCGGCGGCGGCACUGUGGGCCGCGGUGGUGGCGCGGGGGGCCGUGGCACUAAGAAGUCCAAGAUGAAGGCCGCCGCCGAGACGUCGAAGGAGUCCCAGGUCAUAGGGCCGUUGAUGAUCAGGACCAAGAGCGUCGACCUCACUGGCCCCAAGGGUUCCUGCGGACGCUGUGGCUUCAAGGAGGACGCCGAGCAUCCGUUCCCCGACGUCAAGUUCCCAGGUGAGGAGAUCAAGAAGUUCCCCUUCGGCUGCUCAUUCCACGUCCGUGGCUUUGUGAAGGGGAAGUUUUGGAUGGAUUACACUUGGCCUACUCUUUGCGGGGCUUGCGAGAAUGACAGCGAGUUGGCCGACUCCUUCGAGGCGUGCUGCCAGGCCGCCGACGGAAAGCGUUUCUCGGCCACGUUGCCGCAGGACGUCACGAUGGGCACGCAGACUGGCAUCACGGUGUACUCGGACUGCGUCCUCAUCACAGACGCCCAGUACCAGACCGACAUCGCCCCUGCAGGGGCGCAGAGCUUAACGCCGCAGCAGGCAGGGGAACGUGCCACAGAAGUGCAGAACGAGCACAAGGGUGAUGCGGUCACGGGGACGCUAGCCUUGGAUCCGACGUCGCCUUAUCUCAAGGUGCGCAGGUUCACCACCACCCUGAACACCCGCAGCGAGAAGGCUCUGUCGGCCGACGAUUGCUGCCGUGAGGGCGCGGCUUCGUCAUUGGAGGAGGCCGCCAACAAGCUCAUGCGCGAGCAGAUGCCCAUUACCUUGAGGGGGAAUGUUGGGAUUCCGACGGUGGCCGAGCUCAAGGCCAGAGCCUUGGGUGCGGCGCGGGGCCUCGGGCUGCUUACCGAUCCGACUCCUCCAGCAGCUCCGACGGGGAAGCUGGCCAUCGCCGACGGCAGCGUCGACGACGGCGGCGGCGCGGCCGCGCUCCCUCCAGGCGACGUCGGCGCGUCGCAGGGUCCAGCGUCGCUUGGACCAAACACCGACGACACCAGGCCGCCCAGGUCCGCGUUCGACAAUGCCAUCCAAGUGCCUGAUUCGGUUCCAGCUGGCGCUGCCCGUGGCUCCAUGGGCGACGACGCGGGGCCGCUGCCGUCAGGUGCCAGCGACCACAGCCGCGGGGCCUCCUCGAUGAUGACAGGGGCGCCGCCGUCCGUCAAGAAGCCUGGCGCGGCAAACGACGCUUCGGAGAAGGCGAGGCUGAAGGAGCUCAAGGAUUCGAUCUCCUUGGGGCGCAUCCUCACGAAGGGUAAGGACCAUGGCAUCGGUGAUAAGAUCUACGCGCUUCGGCGCUGGAAGCCUGAUAGCGACGUCUUGGGCGGCGAGAAGGACAACUACCUCAGCGACAUCGACUGGUGCACGACUCUGGGUGGGAAGGCCAUCGAACAAAUGGGGCAGGAUACCCGCCUGCGGCUGCUCGGGAACAUCAAGCACGUGGACCUCUCGGACGCGGUUCCUUUCAAGCAGCAGCUCUGCGCGGUUGCGGCCAAGGAGAUGUUCGACGUUGGAGGCAAGGUCGAGAUCUGCAUUCCCUGGAAGCAGUGCGCGGGCGAGUUUUCGAUGCUUCAUCCUCGGUUCUCGGCUGCUGGGGUGCCUGACGCAGAACUCGUCGAGACGGGCAGGACGUUCUCCAUCACCAAUUUGGUUUUGCCGUACACCGAGCAGGAUAAGAUCCACAACUCGUGGAUGAUGGACCUGAUCGAUCAAAUCCUUCCUCGUGUCAAGUCCGAGGCGGUUCGCGAGGGGGCUGGCGUGUGCAAAGACCUCGCGAAGGAGAUCUACGUGCACGCCGAGCCCCUCCGCAUCCUCAUAGACCCCUCGCCCACAGCGCUGCUGGAGUGCGAUAUCAGGUCUGAAGUUCGCAAGUUCCUUCGUGAAGAAGCUGGGCCUGAGUGGCGCGUGGUCGUGACGACCUUCGGCUCGGAGUGGAAAGCGUGCCUUGAGGAGUACAACCGUUCCUCCCACACCGACGUGAAGUACGGCGAGAAGGUCUCCUCCGUGGAACGGGUGCUCGGGGACGCUAUCAAGACCCUGGCCGUUCAGGACAUUUCUUCGAUCAUCGCGAACCUGAAGGAGUGGGGCCCGUUGUUGCGCCUGGGUGAUGCGAGAAACAUCAUGAACCAUUUCCGCGACAAGCUGGAGGACUUCAUCAAGAAGUCUGUGCUCGCGUCGGACAUCGGACACCAGGCGGUGCCAGAUAUCGAGGAAGUGACAAAGUUGAACUUGGAGUUCCUCGAUCUCCUGAGCCUCACCCCGAAGCUGCGUGCCAUCUCUGAGGACACGGUCCAAGCAUUCAACAAGAUCUCUGCCGACCUGGAGAUGUUCCAGGAAAAGGUGUACAUCAAAGGCAAGAGCGACAAACUUGUGGAGGCUUGCGACGCCUACGAUCCCAAGCGCGAUGAGACAGUGCAGAAGAUUGCCGUCGCUUUGACGGAAUCUCAAGGCGCACACUUCGGCUCGGGCGAGGUCGUCGCCAAGCUCAUCGGAUGUGCUCGGACUUGCUUCAAUCACGUUGUGCAGAUGGGCCUCGACUUCACCGCAGAAGAUGAGACAACUGAUAUCUGGGCCGAGGCCGCCGAGAUGACGAAGGAGAUGUUGGCAGCGGCAGUUGGCGCGGUCAAUCGCAUCGGGGAGUUCGACGCUGACGCGCGAGAGAUCCACAGGCUGGUGGUCACCAAGAUGAUGCUGAUCCAGCUGAUGCUGUCCAUCGGAGCC